AAAAAUCUAAAAAAUCCCUCUCUUUAAGCGAGGACUGGCUCAGAAAGAAUCUGUAUCCCAUAAUUCUUCCCCUCAAAAUAUAAAAAAAAUCCAAAAAAAAAAAAAACCAGAAAAGGUUUGAAGGAAGAGAAAGCACAAAAGAGAGACCACACAGCUAUUAUUUUUAUUCAUCCAUUAAACAUUAAUCGGAAAACUCAUAUUUUUUAUUCCCAUUUUUCAUUCGUUUUUGUUAGUUAUAUGGCCAUGAAUUCACUACAAUGACACAAACCCGAUAUUCCCGGUCUCGGAACUCCGAUACCGAAAAGGAAAACACCGGAGGGGGAGGAGGAGCUGCCAUGAGAGUGAUAGUUCCUCUACAAGGUGUUGUUCAAGGACGAGGAGGCUUAGUCUUAGGUUCCAUAAUACCUUGCGCCCUCUUUUACUUUCUCCAAUUCUAUUUGAAGCGACACCGUAAUGACCUGGAUGACCAGAACAAUUCGAAUUCCCCGGGUCUAAACUCAACAACCGGUUCGGCGUCGUCCGGGAAGUUGGCGGAGCUUCCUGCUUUGACACGUAAUUUGUCUCGGGGUUUGCCAUCGCCGCGAAGUCCGCGUGGACCCGUAUCCGUUUCGGGUCGGGUUAGUAGGAUUGUGAAAGGCGCGGAUUCUCCGUACUAUGUGGGACUAAGGCGAGUUAAGGAGGAUCCGUACGAUGAAUUGAGUAAUCCAAAUGGGAUCAUCCAGUUGGGUUUAGCAGAAAACAAGUUGUCUUUGGAUUUGGUUAAGCAUUGGCUAGCAGAAAAUGCAGAGCAAGUGAUAUUGAGAAAUGGGAAAGAGCUGAGCAUUAGCAGGAUUGCAACUUACCAGCCUUUUGAUGGAUUGAUGGAGUUCAAAGUGGCUGUCGCAGGAUUCAUGUCUCAAGUCACAGCGAAAGCUGUUUCCUUCGACCCUUCACAGGUAGUACUGACUGCUGGUGCAACUCCUGCGAUCGAGAUUCUUAGUUUCUGCUUAGCAGAUGUUGGAAAUGCAUUUCUUGUUCCAACACCUUGUUAUCCUGGUUAUGACAGGGAUGUAAAAUGGCGAACCGGGGUGGAAAUAAUACAUGUUCCUUGUCGAAGUGCUGACGACUUCAAUUUAAGUAUAGCUGCUCUUGAUCGAGCAUUCAACCAGGCAAAGAAACGUGGACUGAAAGUGCGUGGGAUAAUAAUAUCAAACCCAUCAAACCCUGUUGGCAAUCUUCUAAGUCGAGACACACUUUACAGCCUGCUAGACUUUGCCAGAGAGAAGAACAUCCAUAUUGUCUCUAAUGAAAUAUUGGCUGGUUCUACUCAUGGAAAUGAGGAAUUUGUGAGCAUAGCAGAAAUCAUGGACCUGGAUGAUGUCGAUCGGAAAAGAGUACAUCUAGUAUACGGUUUGUCAAAAGACCUUUCUCUUCCAGGUUUUCGGGUUGGUGUUAUCUACUCGCAUAAUGAGGAGGUUCUGGCUGCUGCUAAAAAGUUGACGAGGUUCUCAACUAUUUCUUCCCCAACCCAGUGUCUGCUCAUUUCUAUGCUAUCUGAUGCAAAAUUUGUUCAAACAUUCAUUACCAUCAAUAGAGAAAGGCUUCAAAGAACAUACGCUCUGUUUGUUGCUGGGUUGAAAAAACUGGGAAUCAAGUGCAUAAAGAGUAGUGGGGGUUUCUACUGUUGGGCUGAUAUGAGCGGGUUAAUCCGCUCUUACAGCGAGAAGGGCGAACUUGAGCUGUGGGAUAAGUUGUUGAAUAUAGCUAAGGUUAAUGUAACUCCAGGGUCUUGUUGCCAUUGUAUUGAACCGGGAUGGUUCCGCUUCUGUUUUGCUACAUUGACAGAGAAAGAUAUCCCUAUAGUUACUGAUCGGAUUCAGAAAGUUUCUGAAACCUGUAAAUUGAAUUGAUGAAAAUGCUAUUGUUUUAUUCUAUGAUUGUGAAUAACUUGCAGAUUUUUUUGAUUGAAAA